GCAAAUAAAGUAGAUAAGGUCCCUCAGGGACAUAUUAAAUCCCCUUUUCUGUUAAAACGCGACCACUUUUUUUCUGGCGUGUUAUAGGAGGGAUUACACGGUUAAUGAAUUAAUACCAGUGAAAUUGUUAACGCCGUAAUCCUCGAGGUUAUCGAUAUUAUUACUGUAAAAAAUGACACGCUUUUAUUGCUACUGCUUAUACUGGAAUCAGUUGAAUCGUAAUCUUAAUAGUUGGGUAAAUACUUUCGUUAAGGAAAGAGGGAAUUCCAAGUUUCCAAACGAUUAUUUUCUUCAUUGUACAAUUAGUAGAGUGCAGUUUGAUCACGAAUCAACAGAUGUUCCUCUUCCUUCAUACUUUUGUUUAUGUGAAGUAGACGAACGUACCUAAUGGAAGUUAAUAGUAUGACUUCACGACUAGCAAAAAUAGGGGCGUCCCUAACAAUGCUGGUUCACGUAUUUAUUCUCUCAUAUUGCGUAUUUAUUGUUUAUUUAUGUUUAAGUAACGAGGUGGUUUUAUUUACGUGGCAUCCACUCCUAUUGGCUCUUGGUUGGAUACUCUUAAUGGGCGAAGGUAUUUUAGUAUUCAAUUCUCACAAUACGUUGAUAAAGCAUUUGGGUUUGACACACAAAGGAAAAGUAAGAGCACAUUGGAUUAUACAGGGCGUUGCAAUCUCUCUUAGCGUUUCUGGUUAUAUAAUUGUGUACGUGAACAAGGACCUCAAUGGAAAGCGUCAUUUGCACUCAUGGCAUGGCAUAUUUGGUUUUGUUUCAAUUAUAUCUUGCAUUCCCGUCAUUGUUAGUGGGGUGACGGCAUUGUAUAAUUACAGGCUGAAAAGUUACAUUAGUCCUGUUAACAAUAAAUUAAUUCAUCGUAUUUGCGGCGUAUUUACUUAUUCGGUUGGUUUUGCUACAAUGCUGUUGAGUUUGUACACCCAUUGGUUCCAACGUAAAGUCGAUACUACCGUCAUGAUUUUGUGGUUCGUCAUACUAUGUGUUAUUAUUAUUUGGUGUUUGAUAUCGCCAUAUUUUAAAGUUUUUAAUCGAUUGAAACUCAUUGUUAAAUAGUCUAUUAGAAUAAAAUAAUCUUUUAUUUAGUU